AUGUCUGUCUACGACGUCAAAGGCAAGAAUGCCAUUGUAACUGGCGCAGGUUCUGGUAUCUGCCUCGCCUUUGCCCAGCAGCUUCUUGAAAAUGGGUGCUCUGUUGUGAUAGCUGAUCUCAAACUGCGCCCCGAGGCAGGAGAUCUGGUCAACAAGUGGACAACCACUGAGGGCGGCAAGCCCACUGUCCACUUUCACGAGACUGAUGUUAGCGACUGGGCCCAGCUCUCUUCUUUAUGGGACGCAGCGCUUGAGAAGCUUGGCCAGAUCGACAUCGUCUGUAAUGGCGCUGGCAUUUACGAGCCCCCAUCAAGCACUUUCUGGAAUCCUCCCGGAGUUUCUUCUUUAUCUGAAGAUAAGGUCGACGGUAAUCCGGGUGUGUACAAGACCUUUGCUGUGAAUGCACUAGGUCCCAUCAGGUUGGCACAGAUUGCGAUGGACUACUGGCUGCAGAACCGUAACGUGCAAGGCAACCUCCUCUGGGUCGCAAGUUGUGGAGGAUAUUUGCACUCGCUACAGACACCGCUUUAUUUCGCUAGCAAAGCAGCCAUCGUAAGCUUUGUCAAAUCACUAUCGACAGUCCGCAAGCGAUUCGGCAUUCGCAAUGCAGCCGUCUGUCCAGGUGCCGUGCACACGCCCAUCUUUCACCCCGAGUACUGCCGUGACAGAAUGCCACCAUCUACUCUGGGACUCACCGCAGAACAAUGCGCCAACGUCAUGUUCCAGGUCCUCACCGAAGAGAAAUACGGCGAUGGAAACAUCGUUGAGACGAUGCUUAUCGGGAACAGAGAGAGUAACUCGGUCAAUGUGCGGGAGAUUCCAAUGGAAGCGCUUUACCCUACUGUUGUUGCUGAAGGUUCACAUGAUGGUCUUUAUGAAGGGGAAGAGAAGUUGGCGAAACAGCUUGCGGAGAAGGGAAUGAGAGAAUGA